UUUUCCUCUUCUCUCCGUAACUCCCCCCAUUGUCUUAACUCCUUUCAUUUUCUCCUCUAGGUUUUGGAGCCCGCCGCUAUGGCCAUGAAAGGGAAAGAUGACGGCGGUUCUAAGGCCGGUGCCGGCAAAGGGUACGCCGCCAUUAAGGAAAUGCACUACAGAGGGGUCCGGAAGCGGCCCUGGGGCCGGUACGCCGCCGAGAUCCGCGAUCCCGGCAAGAAGAGCCGUGUCUGGUUGGGCACGUUUGACACGGCGGAGGAGGCGGCGAGGGCCUACGACGCCGCCGCCCUCAAGUUCCGCGGGCCCAAAGCGAAGACCAACUUCCCAUUUCCCUCGGCGGCCCACAGCCCCAGCCAGAGCAGCAUCGUCGAUGAGUCCUCCGGCAGCGACAGUGGCUGUCACGCGCCGCGCCCCCCGCUUGAGCUGGAUCUGACGCGCUCCCUUGGCUCGGGAAACGGCGACGGUUCCGGCGCGGUGGAUAGAUCCGUGGGUAAGGCGUAUCAGAUCUUCCACCCUCAGCCGGCGGUGGCGGUUCUGCCGAACGGGCAGCAGGUUUUUCUGUUCGAGACGCUGUGGAGACCCGGAACGGUGAACCUCCCCCACGUGGGCCCGAUUGGCCCUGUUAAUCCAUCUAGAGACAGAGAUUCCAGGUACUCAACCGCCUGUUCUGCGGUGGAGGGGAACCAUUUUGGCGGUGGCGGAGCGGCGGAGAAAAGCUUGAAUCUUGAUCUCAGCCUUGGUCCGCCGCCGGAGUUGUGAUAUGUGAUGCGGAUUGCGCGAUUGACAUCAGUAGUGGCUAAUUUUGUACAUAAAGGCGCAUGAGUGUUGCGUUUUUCCGGCGGAUUAAGGAAUAGAUCGGUUCUUCUUUGCUGUUCCUAUCCUAUCAAACUGUAAAACUCGUUUGGUUCUCUUUCUUCCAUCAAUGAAUGCAAGGGUCUUUAAUAUAUUUAUUUUAUUCUUAUGUAACUGCAACAGUUCAUCUUUUGUGUUAUUCCUGUAAUUUAUACUCUGUAUAUAUCAAUAGUUU